AUGUUCGCUUCAAAAUCCAACUCCGUGUCUCCUUCUCCGUCCAUGGAACAGGCAGAUUCGGAUGCUCUGGACAUUAGCACCAAAGUGCAGCUGUACGGCGUGCUCUGGAAGAGACCCUUUGGGAGGCAGUCGGCCAAGUGGUCCAGGAGGUUUUUCAUCAUUAAGGAAAGCUUCCUGCUCUACUAUGCUGAGAGUGAGAAAAAGAGUUUUGAAAGCAAUAAAUACUUCAAUAUCCACCCCAAGGGUGUCAUACCUUUGGGAGGCUGCAUCGUGGAACCCAAAGAGGAACCCAGCAUGCCUUAUGCCAUAAAGAUCUCCCAUGAAGACUUCCAUGGUAACAUCGUUCUAGCAGCCGAAUCGGAGUUUGAGCAGGCUCAGUGGCUGGAGAUGCUACAGGAGUCAGGAAAAGUGACCUGGAAGAACGCCCAGCUGGGAGAGGCAAUGAUCGAGAGCCUGGAAGCCCAAGGACUGCAGCUGGCCAAGGAGAAACAGGAGUAUUUAG